GUUAAACCUUUCUUCCUUUUUUCUGUAAAUGAUGCACAUAUCAGCUCAUCAGCUCCUGUUGACCUUAUACACGUGAUCAUGUGGAUGUUAAAGGGGUUCGAGUUGAACGUUAAGCCUCCAUUCAGCAGCGAGCAGCUCAUCAGGGCAUCACCUCAGCACUGCUGUCACCAUGGUAACCAUGUCAGUCCUGUUCCUCCUGCUCUCAGCUUUUACUCCUCCAGUCCAGAGUCAACUCACUUCACUCCAUAUCAUUCCGGGUGACAUGAAUCAGACUGAGGCUCAGAAAGCUUGCAGAGAAAAUUACACCGACCUCGUCACUGUGUACUCUGAUGAAGACAACACUAAACUGGCUGAACUGGUGAUAAAGGCUGGUAACGUUUCUGGCUGGAUCGGACUCUAUCGCAGUGAUUUUAGUGAGAAAUGGUCUAAUGGUGAUCCUGUAACAUACAGAAAUCUGACAGGGAAUUGUGGGACAUCGAGCUACUGUGCUACUGUGAGGGCUGAUGGUUCAUGGGAAAAUCUUCAGUGCACAGAGACUAAACAUUUCAUGUGCUAUGAACAAGAAGCUUCCUCACAGACUCGUAAUUAUCAUCUAAUCCUUGAGACUAAGACCUGGUAUGAAGCUCAGCGUUACUGUAGACAGAGAUACACUGACCUGGUCAGCAUCAGAGAUCAGCAGCACAAUGAAGAGGUGUGGAUUAAAGGGUUAAACAGCAGCACACCCUUCUGGAUCGGCCUACUGUGUGAUGACUGGCAGUGGAUUGAUGGAGGAAUCUCUGCCUAUAGAAACUGGGAUAGCAAUCCACCUCAACCACAAGAUAACAACUGUGCAAGAGUGAUAGGAGAGAGAUGGUACUCAGUCCCGUGCAGAAAUCAUCAAUCUGCUUUGUGCUACUACAAUUACAUCCAUGUGAGUGAAGAGGCUCUGAGCUGGGAGAAAGCGCUGGAUUACUGUGAUAAAGGGAACAGAGCUGGAUUGUUGCAGAUUGAGUCUGAACAUGACCAGACUGAUGUGGAGAAUGAGCUCAGAAGGAGGCGUGUCUCUGAGCCUGUGUGGGUGGGGCUUAGACAGAGCCAGCUCUUCGGGUUCUGGAUUUGGCCUGAUGGGAAAGCUGUGUUUCCGUACUCCAACUGGGAUGAAGGGAAACAGCCUGAGCAUCAACUCUCUCAGCACUGCGGUGCCGUCGUUCCAAAGAGCUACAGAUGGAAAGACAUGAACUGUGAGGCUCAGUACAAAGCUCUGUGUCACAUCAGAUGUUCUCCAUGAACCCACUAUACAUUCAUUUAUCAAAAACUGUUUUUAUGUAAUUAUAUAUAUGUGUUUGUGUGUGUGUGUGUGUACACACAUUUUCCUAUCGCAUAUGUAAUUAUUCAUUUAAAGCUUAGAGACUACAUGGUUAUUUGUGGGAAAAUUUUAUAACUACACUGAUAGAAAUAUGAAUUUUUUUAAAAAAAAAUUGAGAAAUACAUCAACUGCAUUUACAUUUCUAACCAUAUUAAACAUUAUAUAUUCAUCUACAUGUGAAACUCACGUAGAGUAUGAUUAAAAAAACGUUUUGUUUUUUAAAAGAAAUACUGAAAUAAAUAUUUUAAGAUUUAAA